AACGCGGAGAGAGGGAGCAGGAUGGAGAGGAGGAGUGAUGCGGGGAAGAAGCAAGGGAGCGCGUCGUCACGCGCUUGUCUCAAACCGGAACUACGCAGAGCGCCGCCGCCGCCGGUCCUGCGGCACAGCAGCCGCCGAGUCGGUUGAGAGGCCGACCCAACAAACCAACGCGGACGGCGCAGCGAGCCAGGAGCCGGAGGAGCGCGCCAACGUCAAACGCGGUAGCAGCAGGGCCCUCGCUCGCGUGCGGCCGACCGGCCGGCCGGCAACUGAAAAUUCCCCGAGGCCUCGCCAAGCGGUCACCAUGGAGGGCUUCCCGAACGACGAGGUGAGCCUGCCCGGCUGCUUCGUGGUCAAGUACCUGGGCGUGCAGGACGCGACCGGACUGUGGGGACUGAAGCACACGCGGCGAGCCGUCGACGACCUCGUGGCCGCCGCCAAGAGCGGCAAGCUCACGAGCGCGCACAUGCCCAUGGUGAAGCUCGAGGUGUCCGACAAAGGCGUGACGCUCGUCGAGCUCGGCGCCGGGGCUGCAGGAGUGCCGAGAGGGAGUGCCAACAACCGGCUCAAGCCUUCGCCGUACCCGGCAUCGGUGGGAGUGAACGGCGUCGGCGGGGCUCCCGUGUCGUGCGUGUACCCCAUCGAGUGCAUCUCGUACGGCGUCCAGGACGUUAGCUACAGCAAGGUGGUGGCCAUGAUUGUGGUGCGCGAGUCGGCGUCCGCGUCGCUGCAGCACCUGCACGAGCACCCGUUCCGGUGCCACGCGUUCGUGUGCGAGAGCAAGGUGGUGGCCAAGCGGCUCACGCUCACGCUGGCCGCCGCCUUCCGCGAGUUCAGCAAGAUGGUCAAGAGCACCAGGACCCGCGAGCUGUACACCAAGAAGUUCGCCAUCGACCUGCGCGGCGAAGAGGACGGCGAAUGCGUGCCGGAGGACUCCGAGGCGUAGCCGUGUCAGAGACGACCGGCCUGUCACCGUUGAAGUUUCGACCGCGAAGACCGUUUCGUGCGUGUGCGGCCGACGAUGCCAUCUAUGGCCUAUUCGUACGCCUCUUGUGUCCUUGCGUACGCUGGAUGUGCCUGCCGCGGCUUCCUAACUUUAGGCACUUUCUUGUUGUUACUUCUCCUAAAACUUCGUUCCACCCGCGGCAUCUGGCCUGCACCGCCCUUUUCACGUAAGGUGUUAUCGGGUCCAGGGCGGCGUACCGGCACUCUAGACUACGUCUUCGAGUUGAAUUUACACUGCAUGCGUCGGCCAGGCACGAACCACGCGAUGGCGCUUUUAAAACUUGCGCAAUCGCAUCUUCGCGUUCGCCCCACUAUUUAGCUACUCGUUAGUUUGGCGUCAAAACGUUGACCGCCUAACGCCAUGCAGCCUCAAACUUCGCGCAGUUCUUUUUGUUUGCUGCUCCUCGGUGAUGUGAGUUAAUAUCACACUAGUGCGCCAGUCCCGUUUAACGUAGAAACGGGUUCCAGGAGUGAACAGCAGCCUAAGUCAGUGUGUUCGGCCGAAGAAGAAAAGAAACGAAGGCCAUUAUUAGCCAGGCGCGUGCCAUUGGUCCUGCUAAAAUUUAUAGCGCGCACACGAGCGCAUGCAAAUAGUGCGAGCUUCGUUCAAAGCCCGACGCUCGUUUUGACUUGGCUAUCAACCAAGCCUGCAAUGUAUACGCAGUCGACCGCACUCGUGUGUUUGGUCGCCCCCGUAUUUUGUUGCUCUCCUUCGAAGGCAAUGUUAUAUAAUAUGCAUUAUCGCCGACUUGCAAUUUAGCGGCCAAUCAGGGCGUAGCUACCGGAACACUGUAAUUAACGCUCUCCUGCCCGUUUGUAGCAUUCUGUUUUGUGAGCCGGCGUAGCCGUGUGCGGUCAUUACUGAAGGGGUGUUGAACUGGUGUUGCUUGUUCCGUGAGUUUUUGUUUUUUCCUUGGUAAUGUCGAAACUGAUUCGAAAUUAUCUCAGCAAUUUCCUCCAAGGAGUACUUCAUUCGCGAAUAAGCAACUUUCAGGACUCAAGCCUCAGAGUUAGCAAUGUAUCGGAGUGCCUUUUGUGAGACAUCGUGUGUAGUGGUUGUGUCGUCCUGAAGCCGUUUUGUUCUUCGUUGUGAACCGAAAACAGUGCCUACCGCGAGUGACUCUAAAACCAGCCAGUUUUCUCAAGCUUUGUCCGAGUUGCCAAACGCUGUGCGUGAGGACACCACCUCAGAGUUAGCGAGGCUGUGCCCGCAAAGUAGUCCUGCGUUUCUUUUCGCCCGCAUAUUGCAGUGCGAAUUUAUACGCGACGAACUGUUGUAAAUAGGCGCGUUGCCAUUACUGUAAGUAAUACAUGCUGAGUUGUGUUCUUUUUGUGCCUUUUCACCUGUAAUAUAGAUUUAUGCCGAGUUGUCUAAAA